AUGGCCAAACACAAACCUUCUGGUAUUCGCUGCGCUCGUAAGCUGCGCGUGCACCGUCGUACCCAACGCUGGGCACAGAAGUCCUACAACAAGAGUCACUCGGUGACGGCAAUGAAAGCGAACCCGCUUGGUGGAUCGUCCAUGGCGAAGGGCAUUGUUCUGGAAAAGAUUGGAAUUGAAGCCAAGCAGCCGAAUUCUGCUAUUCGAAAGUCGUGUCGUGUGCAGUUGAUUAAAAACUCAAAGAAGAUUGCUGCUUUUGUGCCACGUGAUGGCUGUUUGAACUAUGUGGACGAGAACGAUGAGGUGCUGAUCUCGGGCUUCGGUCGACGUGGUCACGCCGUUGGUGAUAUCCCUGGUGUUCGUUUCAAGGUCGUCAAGGUCUCGGGCGUGUCUCUACUUGCUUUGUACAAGGAGAAGAAGGAAAAACCGCGCUCGUAG